GCCGCCCCCGCGGGGGCCGGGACUGAGCGCGCCGCGGCGCCGAGACACGGCCCCGAGAAGAGGGCGAGGGAGCGGGAUCACUGCCGGCCGCGGCGCAUGAUGUGGGUGUCGCUGCUGGCGUGCCUCACCGCGGGGAUCGUCUCCGUGCCCAGGUGCCAGCGCGGCCCCGGAGCUUUCCUCGGGGCGGCCCGGCUGCUGGCGGCCGUGCCGGGACUCUGCCAGCGCUCGGAAAACAGAUGUGCCACUUCAAAUGCAAUAACAUGCACAAAGUGUCUUGCUUUGGGUCCAGAGUGUGGAUGGUGUGCUCAAGAGGAUUUCAUGGCUGGCACAACACAGAAGGGACGCUGUGACACUGUUUUCAACUUAAUGAAAAGAGGCUGCCAAUCAGAUUUGGUUGAAAACCCCACGGUUCAUGUCACAAUACCUAGUGACCAUGAAACAAAUACACAAGUGACACCAGGAAAAGUUUCAGUCCAACUGCGUCCAGGAAGUGAAGCAAACUUUAUGUUAAAAGUUCGUCCUUUAGAGAAAUACCCUGUGGAUCUUUACUAUUUAGUUGAUGUCUCAGCCUCUAUGCACAACAAUAUAGAAAAGUUAAAUUCCGUUGGAUUUGCUUUAUCUAAAAAGAUGGAGAAUAUUUCUCUUGAUUUUCGACUUGGAUUUGGAUCCUAUGUGGAUAAAACUGUGUCACCCUAUAUUAGCAUUCAUCCAGGUAGAAUCCAUAACCAGUGCAGUGAUUACAAUUUAGACUGUAUGCCUCCUCAUGGUUAUAUUCAUGUGCUAUCCCUGACUGACAAUAUAGCAGAAUUCAGAAAUGCAGUGAAUAAACAAAAAAUAUCUGGGAAUAUUGAUACACCUGAAGGGGGUUUCGAUGCGAUGCUCCAAGCAGCUGUGUGCCAGAGCCAUAUUGGAUGGCGUAAAGAAGCAAAGCGACUGCUUCUUGUGAUGACAGAUCAAACUUCCCAUCUGGCCCUUGAUAGUAAAUUAGCAGGAAUUGUAAUUCCCCAUGAUGGAAACUGUCAUUUGAAAGAUAAUGUGUACAUCAAAGCUACGAGUAUGGAGCAUCCAUCUCUUGGUCAGCUAUCUGAAAAACUGAUUGACAAUAACAUCAAUGUUAUUUUUGCUGUUCAAGGAAGCCAGUUUCAUUGGUAUAAAGAUCUGUUACCUCUCUUGCCUGGUACUGUUGCAAGACAAAUAGAAUCCCAAGCAGCAAAUCUCAAUGAUUUGGUGGUAGAAGCCUAUCAGAAACUAAUCUCUGAAGUGAAAAUUCAAGUGGAUAACCAGAUCCAAGGUCUUCAUUUCAAUAUCACUGCAAUCUGUCCUGAUGGAAGUAAAAAAACUGGCAUGGAAGGAUGUAAAAAUGUGGAAUAUAAUAAAGAAGUACUUUUCAAUGUAUCGGUUACAAUGAAAGGAUGUCAUACAAGUGGAGGAAGAAAAUAUGUUAUACUUAAGCCUAUUGGUUUCAAUGAAACUGCCAUUGUCAAUGUGCAGCAAAGCUGUGCCUGCCAGUAUGGAGACAGCACAGGGCACAAACGAGUGUGGGCUGAUGAAACUUCUCCUGACAGCAAACAGCCCCAGUGCAGUGACAGUAACUGUAGCUCUAACAGAGACACACUUUCCUCAGAGAAGUGCAGACAACACCAGGACCAACCCAUCUGCAGUGGUCAAGGAAAUUGCAUAGAUGGAAAAUGUUUCUGCUACAAAAACAAGCUAGGCAAGGUGUAUGGCAAGUACUGUGAAAUGGAUGAUUUUUCCUGCCCAUAUCACCAGGGAAACUUAUGUUCUGGUAAUGGUGAAUGUGAAGGUGGUAAAUGCAAAUGCUUUGCUGGCUGGGAAGGUGAUCGUUGUGAGUGCUCAUCACAAUCAGCAAAGCACUGCCUGAAUUCAAAGGGCCAGAUUUGCAGUGGAAGAGGAAAAUGUGUAUGUGGAAAGUGUGAGUGCACAGACCCCAGAAGCUUUGGCCGUUUCUGUGAAUACUGCCCUACUUGUAACAAAGCCUGUGAAGAAAACUGGAACUGUGUUCAGUGCUAUCAUUCUAAUAAUGCAUCUCAAGUCAUACUUGACCAGUGCACAACCUCAUGCACUUACCUACUGCAUUAUAUUGAUAAUACUUCAGAUUGUUUCUCUGGACAAAACUACUUUAGAGUCUUUUCCAUAAUCUUUAUAGUUACCUUUCUGAUCGGGUUGCUUGUUGUCCUUAUCAUCAGGCAGAUAAUUCUGCAGGGGAGUAGCAGUAAAGUUAAAUCUGCAUCUGAUUACAGAGUAUCUACGACAAAGAAGGAUAAGAUGUUUUUGCCUACAGUUUGUACAAGAACAGUAACAUACAGACGUGACAAACCAGAGGAAAUAAAUAUCGACAUCAGCAAGUUGCGAUUAAACGAAACUUUCAAGUGUGAAUUCUGAAGACUGCAAAUGUCUAUUUCCAUCAUGCUCGACUUCUAAGAAAUUACCUUUUGUGCUCUGUGGGAGUCUUGACUGUUGCCAUAUGGUUUUGUGUUGUGCAUUUUCUUGAAUACUGUAACAAAGUGACAUGUAAACAUAUUCACAUUAUGUGAUUAUGUUUGGAACUAUAGCUGCUGUAUUUUUUUAAAUUUUUUUGAAAGAGAAAUGUGCGUUACUACUGUUCAGAAACAUUAGUGUUGAUGUAGCACUUUAGCAUAUUCUAAUUUAUUUAGUUAUGGCCUAGAAUGUAGAUACAAACCAGUCUGACAAAGCACUGAUCUCACUCUACAUGUAGCUAGUACUGAUGUGCUCUGUGGGAAUGGACAAAGCUGUGACUGAAGAAUUAACAUUGCUGUAUAUUAUAGCAAUAGAUGAAACUAUUAAAAUGCUCUUUAAUAGAGUAAAUGGUACUUUUAUAGUUCUCUCAGUUGACAGAUUCCACUAAUUUGUCUGCUUAUUCCUCUUACCUUUUCCUCAUAAAGAUGAUGGGAUUAAAUGAGUGUUUAGUUCCUGGUAUAGGUGUAUGUUGUGUGUGUAUACGUUCACAUAUGCAUGCACAUGCAGGUAAAUUAUAUAUUUAUAAGGUUUUUUGUAUGGAUUAUGUCAUUUAAGGAUAAUUUAUAUGUGAUAAAGAGUAAUUUUAAGCUUUUUUAUUUGUUUAAAUAUAAUGCCCCCAUUUUAUACAAAAUUUAAGGUGUUUGGAAACUGAGUGGCUACAGAAAAUGAGAGUUCCUUUACCCAACAGCAUAGUCUACAUGAUGAUCACUGCCAGCAGACUACGCCUUUAGAGUCAACAGCAUCAAAUCCAUUGCAAAUAGAUAAAUUACGCCAGAGCUGUGUUUGGUUUGCUAGCUACAUGUCAGUGUUUUGCCAAAUAAGGACUUGGAUCUUUUUAUAUGAUGUCAGGCAUAAGUCUGAUUCUACAUGUGCUCUUUUUCUCUAUGUAAAUUAGUUGAUGAGAUUAGGUUUUCUAGGAUUUUUGUAACCACUUCAGUUUUUUGUGACUGUGCAUUGAGAAGUGUGUCCAGUGUGUGAUGGAGAAAAGAACCUGCAAACUAGAAGAAAGUGAGGAAAAUAAGAAUCUUUUUCUCAAAAUACAUUAAUUGACUUUAUAAAUAUGGAUCAGAUUCUGUCUUCAGAAAUGUGCAAAACUCUUCCAAACAUGGCGGGACCAAUAUAAGCUUAUCUGAGAGCAGAAUGGAGGCUACAAAAUCAAGCAGAAGCAUCUUUUUUUAUCCCUGAAACCAGCUAGAGUGGUAGAACACGUUAUUGUUAUAUGCUUGUUGGAAGUGUCAGUCUGAUUUACUAACUCUAUGCUGCUGAAACCCUAUGAAAACCUGAUCAACCUCUAAUGCACUAAAACCUGGCUGGCAAAAAGAAAAAUCAUCUCAGAAGACAGUGUAUAAUUUCACCAACAUUUAUUACUAGUACUAAAUACUAUUUGUCAUAGAUAAGAGUUACAGAAACAAAGCAGGACUUCCUUAUGUGCUGUCUUUAGAAAUUACUUUUAUUUCCUAUUCUGUAUUUCUUCUAUAAAUUCCCACUGAAACCUGAGGACUGUGAGGAUUGAAAGGAAGGCGGGGUGUAGAAAAAUGGUGAGUGUUUUAUAAGUGUUAAGUUUCUCGGGUAAUAGAUCAAGUGGGAUUGAAAAAAAUAAUACACAGACAAUGGGCCUUUCAUUAGUCAUAAAAGCUUAGGGAUUGUUUUUUAAAAAAAUGUGUAAAUUGGACUAUUAAAUGUUUUUAAAGCAGUCCCUGAAGUAGGUCCUGAGUUUUCUACCACACAGGUAAAAUUAUCUCAUUUAACAAAAAGAGUGUUUCUUUACACUGACCCUGACUUUAGUGUUAGCUUAAUUGUAGAACCUUAGUUAUAGAUUAAUUCUGUAGUCUACCAACGACACCUUAAACUCUCAUUUUCUUUUAAAAUGUAUAAGACCAUUUUUCUCCUAUGUAAAUUAAAAUAUUUCAAAAAACUGGUUUUGGUGGGAUAAAGAUAAAAGAUUGAUAAAGGUUGACCUGCUGUUACCCUUGUCACAAUUCAUGGCUGUUUGUGAGUGGGAAACAAUCUCUGCUUGUCUAUUUAACUUAAAUUUUAAAAAUGCUUAGUGGAGUAUAUCUAAGUAUAUAAAAAAGAGGUUAAUUAUGUUCUUUAAACAGUGUGAUAAACCCUUAAAAAAAAAGAUUCUUCAGAAUCUAUUUUCACCCCAUAUUGGCCUUUAAAGCAUGUACUAAAGCAUUUACUGAACUGAUAAAUAUAUUUUUUUGUUGUUAGAAAUUACUUUUCACUGUUAGAGGGAAUUCAUUUUUGUGGGUAAGGGAUAAUGGAACUGGGUUCUUGGUAGAAGAAAGACUUGAGCUGUAAAACCCAUCUUCCAGAAACAUCACAUCAUGCUGUUACUGCUUUUCUUCUGUAGCACUUGGCAUUGGACUGCUGCCUGUGAAGGGGCAUGGCCAGUAUUUCCUUAUCAGACACCUGCCUGAAUGUUUAAAAUGCUCUGAUCAAAAAGAGUGGGCUCACAGGACAAAUUACACUGUAAAUUGCUUGCUGUCCUGAGAUUUUAAAAAAUGUAUAUAAAUUAACAAAAAAAAAAGGAAAAGGAAAAAAAAAAAGAAAAAAAGCUUUCUUGCAUCUCCCUCAUGGUUUUGCUGUAUUGUGGAAGAGGCUGGUGAAAGAGAAUAAGCUGCUGCUAAUGUGACAGGUCAAGGCUUUUAGAAGGCCCGUGGGGAGCUUAUACAGAGCAGGAUUCUUGGGAGGAGGCUUUGUUUCUAGGGAUGGAAUCUAUCCAUGAGAAACUCUGGCUUUGCUUGGUACUUGUUUCCCUCUGCCUUUGACCAUGUUUUUCAGAAGAGCUGCUGCAGGAGAUGAAUAGCUCAACAAAAGCCUCACUAUUUAGGGAGCUGUGUUCCCUCAGCACAUGACCUUAAAUGAGAAAGCAGCCUUUAAUUCACAGGAAUUUCUUCAGUGAUUGCAGAAGGACUGUGCUUCCUAUAGUGCUUAAUAUGGGAGAUAUUAAAGAAAAAUUAGUUCAUAUUAGUUUUCAAUGUAUUGUGCGUCAAAAAUGUUCAUAAAAAUAGGGGGAAAAAUAACUAACCUUAGAACAGAGUGUUCCAAAGUUCUCAAAUAACAUUUCUUAUACUGGGCUUCUUCAAAAAAAUUUAGAAAGAAGUCAAAUAAUUCUACUGCGUGCUUAUAUCCAAAAAUAUACCAGCAGAUCCUGCUCUGUCUCAUCAUUGGUUUGGGGAAUUGUUUUCAGAUUUGGUCCCACAAAUGAAGCAUGUGCAUGACUUUUCACAGCAUAUUUGUUACUGUUAAAAUCCAUAUGUAUACUUUCCAAAUUCUAGUCCCCUUUUUUAACCUUUGACCUGUUAUUUGCCUGACACUUCAGAAAUUGCAUGUUUGUGUAAUUAAAGUGUAUUUUACUUCA